ACAUUAACGGAAGCUCAUAUCACUCUCUCAUUCACACACACAGACGCACACAGUUUUACUGUUCCGUGAGACUCCACUCAGCCUAUAUAUAUGCACUACUCUACUUUCGAGUGUCAUAUAAACACAAGACAAGAAGACAUGGAGACACAGAGAGUGAGAGAAAUGUUGGAAGCAACAACGUUAGUGGUUUCAAUAGUGGCAGCGAUAAUAAUAGUGAGAUGGGGAUGGAAAAUGGUGAAGUGGUUGUGGCUGAACCCUAAGAGGCUGGAGAGGGUGCUGAGAGAGCAAGGCCUUCAAGCCAAUCCUUACAAGUUCUGGGUUGGCGACUUAAGGGAAAUGAUGAAGAUGCAUGAAGAAGCCAGAUCCAUGCCCAUGAUGUCCCUGUCGCAUGAUCUGUCUCCUCGUCUCUUCGCCUUUGUCCUCCACGUACUCCACAAAUAUGGUAAAAAUUCAUUCCUGUGGUUUGGACCGACACCGAGGUUAAUAGUAACGAGCCCAGAGCAGAUUAAGGAAGUCUUAAGCAAGCCUUAUGACUACUCAAAACAUAACUUGAAUCCUCUUACCAAGUACGUAUCCCCUGGCAUCGUAAAACUUGAGGGAGAAAAGUGGGCUAAACACAGAAAGAUCAUCGGUCUAGCUCUCAACUUGGAUAAACUCAAGACUAUGACGGAAACCUUUUUCCAAUGUUGCGAUGACAUGGCACGAAAAUGGGAAAAAAUGUUGUCGUCAUCAAAUGGAAAAUGUGAAGUGGAUGUUUGUCCUUCGCUCAUGAACUUGACACAGGAUGUUAUUUCCCGGGCAGCUUUUGGAAGUAGCUAUGAAGAAGGCAAACAAAUCUUCGACCUCCUAACAGAGCAAGCUGAACUUGUCGCGACUCAUUUACAAAGAUAUCACAUUCCAUUUUGGAGGUUUGUACACGCUAAGGACUUUAGGAGGAUUAAGGAGAUUGAUAGAAUGGUGGAAGACUUUGUGAAGGGUAUCAUCAAGAAGAAGGAGAAAGCCCUGAAGGCAGGUGAAGCUAUAAAGAAUCACUUGCUUGGCAUGCUUCUUGAAUCCAAUCACAAGGAGAUUGAAAGCCAACGAAAGCACAACAAUGCUGGGUUGAUGAGCAUGAAAGAUGUAAUCGAUGAAUGCAAAUUUUUCUACUUUGGAGGCCAAGCAACCACUUCGUCUUUGCUUGCUUGGACCAUGAUGCUGUUGAGUAGGUACACUGAUUGGCAAACACGUGCAAGAGAAGAAGUCUUACAAGUCUUUGGGAAUCAAAAACCAAACUUUGAUGGGUUAAAUCGCCUCAAGAUUAUGACCAUGAUCUUAUACGAGGUUUUGAGGUUAUACCCACCAGCAACAUGGCUAGAGCGAUCAUGUGAGAAGGACAUGAAACUUGGGAAUAUAUUAGUACCAAGAGGAGUGAACAUUUUCAUACCAACGUUGAUUCUUCAACAAGACCAAGAGAUAUGGGGUAGCGAUGCCAAGGAGUUCAAUCCAGAGAGGUUUUCUGAAGGAAUUUCAAAGGCAGGAAAAGGUGAUUCCGUUGUAUAUUUCCCGUUUGGAUGGGGUGCUCGAAUUUGCAUAGGACAAAACUUCACCUUGUUGGAAGCUAAGAUGGCAUUUUCAUUGAUUCUGCAACGCUUUUGGUUUGAGCUUUCUCCUUCAUAUUCUCAUGCUCCUCUUCUCCGGAUGACUCUCCAGCCACAACAUGGAGUUCAUGUCAUUCUACACAAACUUGCAUAAUAAAUUUAUCACCUGGGGUGUGUCUGGAUAUAUAGAUAUGUAAUAUAUUUUGAGAGAGGAAAAAUGUUACAAGCUUUUUGUCAGUUUAAUUAUAAAAAAAUAUUAAAUAAUCUGCACUUUAGUUUUACAGAUCAGCUAGUACACAAGUAUCAAAAGACUAUGUAAGAAAUUAUUGUAGUUUGAAGUUUUAACUUUAGCAUUAUAUAUAUGUAUGAGUGUGGGCACCCUCACAUAAUUAGCCAAAAUUGUCGUGUUAUAUUUUUGACUCA